GGAGCCCGUGUGGCGCGGGCAGCCGGGGCACGGCGCGGCCCCGCUCGCUGCUGGCGGCCCGGAGGGUCGCGCUCCCGCGGGGGCCCCCCGCCGCCUCCAUCCCCGAGGAAUCCUGGGCGGAGGGCGGGCUCGGCUCCCCCUUCUCCCUCCCUCCCUGCCUGCCGGGGGUUUGCCCUGGGACGCGCCGGCAGAGCCGGGCUCGGCUCUGGGACGGCGGGCCGGGGUCAAGGGCGGCAGGCGGGGGGCGAUGCCGGCGCCGGGGCAGCGCCGAGGGUCCGGCUGAGCCCCGGGCACCCCCCGAGCCCUCAUGGCGGGGCGGGCGCCUCAGCGCAGCCUCCCCGCGGCAGCGGCCGCCGCGCUCCUGCUCCUGCCCAUAGUUCUCCACUGUGAAUCCUCUGUGAACCUGCCCUUGUCUGUUCUGCUGGAAAAGUACUGCGAAGCUUUGUCAGCCCGCACCAAUGUCACAGGUCCGUACUGCAAUGCCACCACGGACCAGAUCGGGACCUGCUGGCCCAGAACCUCUGCGGGGGAGCUCGUGGAGAGACCCUGCCCGGAGUUCUUCAAUGGGAUCAAAUACAACACCACGAGAAAUGCCUACAGAGAGUGCCUGGGCAAUGGGACAUGGGCUUCCAAGAUAAACUACUCUCAGUGCGAGCCUAUUCUGGAUGACAAGAGGAAGUAUGCGCUCCAUUACAAGAUUGCUCUCAUCAUAAACUACCUGGGGCACUGUAUUUCAGUAGGGGCCCUUAUAGUUGCCUUUAUGCUUUUCUUGUGCUUGAGGAGUAUCAGAUGCCUGCGGAAUAUUAUCCACUGGAACCUGAUCACCACGUUCAUCCUGAGGAAUGUGAUGUGGUUUCUGCUUCAGAUGAUAGAUCACAACAUCCACGAGAGCAAUGAACCCUGGUGUCGAUGCAUUACCACUGUCUACAAUUACUUUGUGGUGACCAACUUCUUCUGGAUGUUUGUGGAAGGCUGCUACUUACACACUGCUAUAGUGAUGACCUACUCCACAGAUAAGCUGAGGAAAUGGGUCUUUCUCUUCAUAGGAUGGUGUAUUCCCUGUCCAAUCAUCAUUGCCUGGGCCAUUGGCAAGCUGUAUUAUGAAAAUGAACAGUGCUGGUUUGGAAAAGAGCCAGGGAAAUACAUUGACUACAUCUACCAAGGGCCAGUGAUUCUUGUUCUCCUGAUAAAUUUUGUAUUUCUAUUUAACAUAGUUAGGAUUUUAAUGACAAAGCUGAGAGCUUCAACCACUUCAGAAACAAUCCAGUACAGGAAGGCAGUCAAGGCCACGUUGGUUCUCCUGCCUCUGCUUGGCAUCACCUACAUGCUUUUCUUUGUCAACCCUGGCGAGGAUGACAUUUCCCAGAUUGUUUUCAUCUAUUUCAAUUCCUUCCUUCAGUCUUUUCAGGGUUUCUUUGUGUCAGUAUUUUACUGCUUCUUGAAUGGUGAGGUGCGCUCUGCCGCCAGGAAGAGGUGGCACCGCUGGCAGGACCACCACUCGCUGCGGGUGCGCGUGGCACGGGCCAUGUCCAUCCCCACGUCGCCCACACGGAUCAGCUUCCACAGCAUCAAGCAGACCGCGGCCGUGUGACCCCAGGGACCCACCCGUGGCCUUCAGAGCCCUCCUGUCCUCCCAGAGCCCCUCUCUGCAAACUCUCCUCCUUUAUCCUCGCUGACCUCUUCUCCCGUGCUGUUUCGGCGGGCUCUCGUCCCCCACAUCCGUGAUGCUGCUUUGAGGCAACCAGGAAAGAACCCUCCUGGAGCUGGUGGUGGAAAAGCAGAUUCAAAGAAGAAACGGGUUCAACCCUGACUGCGUCCUGUGGAAGUUCACAAUGAAAAAGUCUAAAACAGCACUAACUGUUUAGGAAUAAAACAGUUAACUGGCAGGAAUUAUUCCUAGGAUUAUUAGGAUUAUUCCUAACUGGCAGGAGUAAUCAAUUUUUUUUCUCCUUCCUUUCAUUAUUUUGGUUUUAUUCCCCCUUUCGUAUCGUGGUGAACAAAGACGAUUUUUAACACGCUGCCCAUUUCACCCUGUACAUUGAUUCCCAACGAUUUCCACAGUUUGGUGUAUAAUAGCCCUUCCCUUCCUUGUUUUCUUUGUAAAAAGUUUCUUCUCUGCAGAACUGUCAUUUGAGAACUCGUGGCAGCAAGAAAAAGAGCGUCUGAAAGGUGGUGUGAAAAGCCUGAAUUUAUCUGCCUUCCCCAUUUCCCUCUUGGACAGACUGGGAAUUGUCAGGGCAUCGCUGGACUGUUCCACACAGGGCACUCUGCCUGGCAAGCACCCUGCCCUGCUCUUACACAGAUUUUCAAAGGACAGGAGUAGCUCUAAGUACCUCUACAAAAUACUCUCAUUCCUCUUAGCCCCACGCUUCCAGCACAAUUGUAAGUGGAAAGCUUUCGGAAAGUGGUUUUUUGUUUCAGCUGAGAGGAUCAGGGUGGGGAUGGACAACUUUCUGGGUUUAAAAGACACAAAAGGGAAGCACUGUAAAGAUAAUAAUGAUGAGAAGAGGAUGUUUGCUUUCCCAGGAUAAUGCUAUGUGCUGCACAAAGGUAUCUCUUGAGCAUUUUGAACUAGAGCAGUUGUAUCUACCAGGCUUUUUAUGUGAUGUUCAAAAAUACUGUAUAUUUUCAAUAAUAAACACUACUCUGGGUUGGUUUCAAUAAAA